UAUUUGAACGGUCCAGCCGCGGUCACACUACGCCGAGGCAUCAAUCGCAAAUUUUGUUUUUAAUUAUUUCCAAAGGGCAAUCGGCUGAAGGUGCGGGAACAAAAGCUUCUGACUCCGCUUCUGAUCGCGAGACGGAAACGCAGCUGAUCCUGCCGCCCCACUCGCUAUCCUUGCCGUGUGUGUGCGGGUGUCGAGUGCUUUCGCUGCGCCAGUGUGUGUGUGCGCCUGUGUUUUUGUCCGCCUCAGUGAGUGCUGUUUGUGUGUGUGUGUGUGCUUGUGUGUGGCUGCAAGCGAGUGUUGCUGUGCGUACGUGUGUGUGUGUGUGUUUGGGGGAUCUCGGCGAGAGCAAUUCCCCAAAAGUCGCUCUUUUCACACUUGGUAAACAAAAACAAAACAAUUGGAUGUGACCUGGUCCACAUCCGUGCCAAGCACCACCAUUACUCGCCCAAGAAGCAACCGAAGCAGCCGCAACAGCAACACCAGCAGCAGCAGCAGCAGCAGCCAGCGAAGCAACAUGUCCUCGUCGACGUCAGAGCGCAAGCGCUACCACAAGGACAACGCGCCCACCGACGACAUCCUCACGCUGAUCAAUCUGGUGCGCCAGAAUCCGGCCCUGUACAACUACAAGCUGCAGCCCAACCAGCGACGCCGAUCGGACGUCCUUAAUGGCUGGCAGGAGGUGGCCCAGCAGAUAGGCAACAAAUACACGGUCCAGGAAGUGCGCCGCAAGUGGAAGAACCUGCGUGACACGUACCACCAGUACCGCCUGCGUACACCCAAGUGCAUCGAGGGACGUCUCUCUAAGUGGCGAUACGCCAAAGAGUUGGAUUUCCUAUCGACGGUGUACCAGCCCAAGUUGAAGUCGCAUCGUACCACCCAGAGCAGUGGAUAUGAGACGGGCAACGGCAGUGGUGACGGUGGCGGAGGGGGAGGAGGAGGAGGUGGCGGCGGAGGAGUGGGCAGUAACUCCUCCAAUAACAGUCUGCCCAUUGGGGCUAUGUUGCAUCUAAAACAGCACGAUGAGGACGAUGACGAUGACGAAGUGGUGGACGAUGAUGGUCAAUCGGACCAUGAUACAGCCACAUUGUCCUCGCAUCAUGGCGCCUCACAGAUCACCCUGGUUAGCGACGAGGCGGAGACCUUCAUCCUGACCGCCUACGAGGAGGGUGUGGCGGAUGAUACUGUCUCGCAGCAUCAUCACCACCACCACCAUCAUGGCCACCACCACCAGCAGCAUCAUCACCACCAGCAGCACCAUCACCAUCAUCAUCACCAUCAGUCGCAGCACGACGGCAGCAUCUCCAGCAUCGAGCUCUCGCAAAUCGCCCACGAUGACGACGUGGUCGAUGAUGUGGACGACGAGGACGAUGUUGUCGAUCAUGAUGGCCAUGUGGUGGACAUUGUCAAGCACGAACUGGACGAGGACGGAGCCACCGGUGCGGAGGUGGACUACGAGGAGGUCUGCCUGUACGAGGAGGCCAGUGGCGCUCAUGUCGACUGCGAAAUGGGCGUCGGUGAUGGCGUAGACGGUGGCAGCGACGUGACCCAUGGCAAGAGCUUCCACUACAUCGAUGCCCAUGACUUUUGCAUAGCGGACAUUGAGCCACAACCGGUGCGCUCCAGCCAGCAUCAGUUCCAGAGCACCACGGCCUCAGCAUCCAAUAGUGUUCUUGCCGGCGGCUCCUUGGUUGAUGGCAAGCUUAAGAAUCUCACGCUGGUCACCACCACCGCGGGCGGCGUAGGCGGCAGCGGCGGCGGCGGCGGCAGUGCAGCCUCAAAUCGUCACGAUUCCACGUCCGUGUCGGCCCAGCAGAUUUCACUGGUGGAUGUUACCGAGGCGACCAGCACCAGUGUCACCAUUUCCAGCACGCCGGCAGUCUCGCUGAAUGCGGCCACUGUGACCACAACGCCGGCAGCAGCCCUGUGCAACACCACAUCCUUCACAUCCACGCCAACGGCCACGAUCCUGCAGCUGCCGUCGCUGAGCUGCGGCUCUGCGAACAGUAAUGGCAAUACCACCCCGUUGGCCGUCAGCGCGGCGAGCAGCAGCACCACCACUCUCGUCAAGGAGGAGGAUAACCUGCAGCAUCAGCAGGCCCAGCAGGUGGCCCAGGCGCUGGCCAAGCGCGAUGAACUGGAUCUGUUCUUUGAUUUCCUCAAGAAGAAGAUUCAGUGUUUUAGCAAGACACAGAUAACGCACAUCCAGAUGGAGUUCCUCAACUGUGUCUGCCGGCAGGAGUCGGCCGAUCAGGAUGGCAAGGAUUAGAGAGCCAGCCGGAAGUGCCCUAGCUCCCGAUUCCUUGUGCCCGAUCCCGGUUACCCGCCCGUAAUCCCGGAUUCCAGCGUAGUUGCUUAGUUUUUUUGCGUGUAUAGGAUUAUAGGACUCGUACCGUUUACCAGUUUCGCAAGAACGCGUUCUUCACUUAGCUUUACCCCCUCCGGCCCCCAGGAAAUCCCACCCCGAAUCCAUGCCCACAGCCCGCACCAAGGCCUCAAAACCCUUCAUCCAAAUUGCGUAUACAUAUAUACAUGCAUAUAUAUGUAACAAAUUAUAGAUAUACACAUAACCCAGAGUUAUAAACAAUUGUAAUUGAUAGUAAGUAAAAUAAAUCGAUUCUCGAAAGUGA